AUGAUAAUUAUAAGACUCUCUCGUCACUUCUCAAAAAUCAAGAAGGACUUAUUAACCAACCCUGAAUUUGAUAAAAUCCAUCCUUAAUUUUUAGAUCAUAAACCACCUACUACAUUACAUAGAUAGUCUAAAGAAGUGCCUUAUAUUAAGUCCCUUUUGAGAUAUAAAGAUAUUGCUGUACCAACAUUUGAAAAUGCUUUACAUCAAAAUUUUAAAACAUUUGUUGAAGGUCAGAUCAGUCCAAAAGGAGCAUUGAAGAACUUAUCAGAGGAAUAAAUGAAAUAAAUACAAACUCAAGUUACAAAGAAAUUGUAAGAAUUAGAAGACACUGGACUAUCAAGAGAAGAGAUUUUGACAAAUGGUGUAGAAAAAGGCAUUCCAUUAAGUUAUGAUGCAUUUUUCUAGUUGUUAAAAAAUAAUGAGUAAGCUCGUUUAGUUUAUAUGGCACCCGGAGAGGAAUUUACUGUUUAAAAGAUAGUGGACAUAGCUUUGAGAUAAGAUAUUGGCAAGGAUUAAUUUAAUGUUCCAAUUAAUAAAUAUCCAAAUAAUAUGAAAUUAAAAAACCAUGAUAAGUAGAAAGACAUUUUAAUAAACACCAAAGAUCAUUUAGAACAUGUAAACGAAUUGGUUAGUGAUGAAGUUGUUUAUCAUCAUCAUCCCUAACCUAAAAGACCAAUCAGAAGAGUAAACAAUUACGAUAUUCAUUGGAGAAAUACAGAAUUCUUGGUUUAAUUUUUGAACAAAAGUGGCAAGAUUAAGAAUAGACAUCAAACCAGUUUAGCAGAAGUUUAACAUAAGAAAGUUACAAGGUCUAUUAAAACAGCAAAACAUAUGCUUCUCUUACCCUCAAAUUCAAUUAUUCAACCUUAUCAUAAAAAAUCACUUACUAGCAUUGAAGAUGACAUUUAAGAAUUUUCAAGAAGAAAGGUUAAUCUGGCUACAGGUUAAGUAUAUACAGAAACCCCAUUACAAAAAAGGGAGAGAUCAUUGGAGAGCUAAACUAUGACUGAGGAUGAUUAAGAAAUAAAUCCAGGUUAAGCUAGACCAAAUAAUUUGAAUAUUAUCAAAGGUAUAGUUUAUGCAGAAAAACUGAAGAAGAAAGAAUUAGAAUAAUAAGGCAUCAAAUUGACCAAAGAAGAAGAAGAUACAAGAAAUUAUAGAUUCAAUGGAAAUGAUGUCAAAUUUUAAGUGAUGAGAGAUGAAUAAAUACUAAAAUAAGAAAUUAAAAAAGAAAUUGAGGCUAAAGACGGAGAGUUUGUCGAAGAAUUUAAUAAAAUCAAAUCUAAUAUUGAGAAAAUCCCCACCUACUAUUUGAGUUAAGCCUUUAUAAGUGAGUAAACCUUAUAAAUGGAAAAACUAUAGGAGCUUGUUUAUUAAAAACCAAAAUAAGCCUAUUCCUAUGAUGAAAGCUUAAGGAUUAUUGAAGAAGUCAAAUCUAGAUUAAAUAAGUGA